AUGAAGUGGACAACAGCCUGUCUCGCCCCCCUGCUCGGACUCGCUGCGGCCGGGUCUAAAGCCCAGAUUGGGCAGCAUGUGAUAUUCUCCUACCCUGGCGAAACGCCCCCAGAGCACCUCUUUGAUCUCAUCAGAGCAGGUGAAGUCGGCGGGGUCAUCAUCUUCGGCGAGAAUGUUACUGAGGACCUCCCUGAGACCAUCGAGCGGUUCCUCUCGACUUACCGCGAGAGCCCAGCGUACAACGGGACACCCCUCCUGAUCAUGACCGACCAGGAAGGAGGGCAAAUCCGUCGUCUCCCGGGCGCGCCAGAGCAAACAGCGCGAGAAGUUGGCGACUCAUCGGACCCUUUUGCGGCAGCUGGUGAGAUGGGCGCAGGCGCAGCGGAAACGCUGACGAGCUACAACAUGAACGCAAACCUGGCGCCCGUCCUGGCUGUUUAUCGAGAGGAGGGUGAUUUCACGGAUCGCUAUGGAAGAUCGUACAGCAAUAAUGCGACAGUGGUGUCGGGCUGUGCGGCGCAGUUCGUCGAGAAUCAGCAGGGAGCGAAUGUCCUUGCGACAGCGAAGCAUUUCCCCGGCUUGGGGGCAGCCGCGACAGAGGAGAACACGGAUGAACGACCAGUGACGAUCGAUAUAUCGCUUGACGAAAUCCGUACAGUUGAUGAGGUACCGUAUCAUGAUGUGAUACAGGCCGGGGUAGCCAUGAUCAUGCCGUCGUGGGCGAUCUACCCGGCGCUCGACGCCGAGCGGCCGGCUGGGAUGAGCUCGCGCUGGAUUCAGGAGGAAUUGCGCGGGCGACUGGGGUAUGAUGGGGUGAUUAUUACUGAUGCAAUUGAGGCAGGGUCGUUGGGGGCAUUUGGCGACGACAACAACAGGGCGCUGUUGGCGAAGAAGGCUGGAGUGGACCUGCUUCUUGCGUCGGGGAGGAAUGUCACCCAGGGGGAGAGCAUUGUUGCUGCCUUGGACGCUGCGCUGGAGAGCGGAGAGUUGUCGCAGGAUGAAUUGGAUGCGUCAAAAUCGAGGCAGGCCUGGCAGUUAGAUCAUCUAGCAGUAGUGCUCAUUAUUCGAGAGGGCAUCCAAGUAGACAUGAGCUCAAUGCAAUCCAACUGUUUCUUCACCGUGUCUCUGGCACAGCGUCUCGAAGAGAAGGCUAGUAACUCAGUUCAUCUCUAUUCCGAUCCCCCGCCCGCUCUUGAGUGCCCAUCAACUAGGCUUCAGGAGCCUGAAUGUCAGGGAUACUACCGGGCUCAAUUCGUCUGGGAGGAACCCGGGCAUUUCAGGCUGGUCCGAGUAGAUCGAACAGCUGGAGGCAUAGAAGAUCCACCCGUUGCUCAUUACACAAGAAGAUCUUGCAGCGUAUUCACCUACUCGCUACGGCGCUGCGGUGACUGA